CAAAUAAUCGCAAAUCCCAUUCCGAAGCCUCACUACUAUCCAGGAGCGGAGAUCCAUUGCGGAGAAUGCCCCGUCGCCAGUUCUCAUGAGACCGCCGAAUAUUGCUUGUUGUGCGCCAUGACUCAUUCGAACAACAAGUUUUGCGUCCCAUGCCGUUGUUGGGUAUCAAGUACAAGCUGGGAAGACCAUUGCAAGAAGCACCUAGAGCUGCUUAAAGAAGAGAGAGGGAAUUUCUGCGGGUUCGGAAGACGCCUCGGGCUGACAAUAGCUCCAGCCCUUUGCCCUUUCUGCCUUGGCAGCAACAAGCCGCCAUCGGUACGAUAUAAGCAGUCCGUAAUCCGCUCGGAAUAUCGGUAUCAUAUGCUGCGUCAUGAUAAAGAUAACCUUUUUGGAAAGAAACCAGAGCUAGGCGUGGUGUUAGAAUUUUACGAACCGCAAUCCUGUCCACAUCCGCUUUGCUCGCACAGCAUAUCUUCGCCAGAAGAGUAUCGUACACACUUCAGGGAAUCUCAUGGCAUUUGCUUUCGUAACGCUUAAUUCACGUAGUCGCGUCUCAAUUCCAUACUGUCACAUUCAAGAUCCUGUGCCCUGCUUUCAGCUUGGCGACUACUAACCCGUCGCUUAAAACGCUCCCAGUGCCUAAGUGUCUCUUGUCCCAAAACGGACUCCUGGGAUCAGUGAUCUAGGUAUGUACCUCGAUAGCAUAUACUGUAGACGGCUUUGCUGUCAUAUCGAGGUGGCGUUUCGCAAGAGACCAUUCGAAUGAUGGAUCAGAGCUUUCUGAUACAGCCUCUCACUGCGUCCGGUGGUCUAGCGCGCAAUUGAA